ACAGGGUGCAAUCUGAUUUGUUUCACGCAACCUUGACGUUGAGGGUUAGCCUCUAGCUAGCCAUUACAAGACAUAUAUAUAUGAUUGUUGAAAGUGUUUUUGUUGCUUUUAAGAGAGUAAGUGUCUCAGUUAUUAAACACAGAAGAGCUGAGAAGUUUGAGUUUGUCACCGAGUGUCCGGAAACACUUGACAUUUCUCUCUAGGUUUCUUUUUUUUUUGUCUUUAAACGUGUGGCGCAGGAGAAACAUCAACAGGCAAAGAAAGUGAAUGGCUGAAGGCUCCUCAGACCCACCUGACCUUAUUCCGGAUGGCAUUUCAAAUAGUAGAUCUCAUCAGCCGAGGUUCAGGAGAGGACGACCCCGGUACAACAAUGACCGGAACUUUAGUAGCGACUUCUGUGAUCCUUCUCAACAAUUUGCCAACUUCCAGCCGGGAUCCAAUCCCCAGUUGAGUUACAACAACUCAAAUAACGUAGAGCAUCAGCAGCAUGCUUACCAACGAGAGGACGGAGCCAAAGGUAGAGGGCGAGGUCGAGGGAGGAGGGAAGGGAAUAAAGACGAAAAUGGAACCUUCAGCUCCUGGAGGAGGCCCGGUAGACCUGGUACCGACUCACAGAGUGACAACAGCCGAGAGGCUCCCCCUAUAGAUGGACCUGACAGGCCGAACUGGAGGAGAAGUGAUGCUGGCAGAAAUUCUGAACAAAGGGGAAAAGAGCAGGAUGCAUGGUCCAAGAAACCCAGGAGGUUUAUCCAGGAGCAGAGGAGAGGAGAACAUAACAAGAGAGGCAACGCGGCAGGGGAGUAUCAGAGGUCCGAUGAUGUCAGUGAAAACCAUGCUUCGCUGAUGACAGAAGGACCUCAAAGGAGCAGAGAGGGUCCAGAAUCCCAGUAUCGUGAUCAUCAGAGGAAACCCUCAGAGCAGAAGAGGAGACAGGGUCCAAUCAAACCCCCGAAGCCUCCAUCUCCAGAGGAGCUGAGCUCUGAGGGCGGAGCUAACUCCGAACAUGGAAGAUCGUUGAAAAAUGUAGCAAAAAAAACUGAGGGAGGGUCCGGAAGAUUUGGUCAACCUCAGGCCAGAGCGGCAAGACGGAACCACCAUCAAAACCAAAGGCCUGGCUUAAGGACUCUGGACAAGAUGCCAGAGAGCAAGGAGACGCAGACAGGGUGUUUGAUAGAACAGCUGUCUGGAGAGAAAUACGAGUGCAUGGUCUGCUGCGACAUCAUCCGACUCAUGGCUCCAGUUUGGAGCUGCCAGAGCUGCUUCCACGUCUUCCACCUGAACUGCAUCAAGAAAUGGGCUCGAUCUCCAGCCUCUCAGGCAGAUGAUACUUCUGAAGGGUGGCGCUGUCCAGCCUGCCAGAACGUUGCACUGAAACACCCUUCUUCCUACACCUGCUUCUGUGGUAAAGUAACGAACCCCGAGUGGCAGCGCACUGAGAUUCCUCACAGCUGUGGUGACAUGUGUGGAAAGAAAAGAAGUGGAGUGGACUGUAAUCAUCCCUGUAACAUCUUGUGUCACCCUGGGCCUUGUCCAUCGUGUCCUGCCUUUGUGACGAAAUCCUGCGUUUGUGGUAAAACCAGUCAGCCCAUGCGCUGCGGUCAGUUGUCACUUCUGCAGUGUGGCAAAGUGUGUGGCGCUUUACUCAACUGUGCCGAGCACACGUGCACGCAGGUGUGUCACAGCGGCCAGUGUCAGCCCUGUCAGCUGCAGGGCCAGCAGUUCUGUUACUGCGGCGUCACGGUUCGUGAAGCGCUGUGCGGGACAGACAGAGGAGGAUUCGACGGCGUCGGACAUUUCUCCUGCGAAAAGCUGUGCGGGAAGACAUUGGACUGUGAAGCCCACCGUUGUGAGCAGCUGUGCCACCGUGGUCCCUGUCAGCCGUGUCCCCGCUCUCCCACCCUGGUGAAGACCUGUCCCUGUGGUCAGACCCAGCUGCUCAAACUCCUGGAACUGGGCUAUGCAGAACGACAGAGCUGCUCCGACCCUGUUCCGUCCUGUGGGAAGACGUGCAACAAACCCCUGGCCUGUGGUUCCAGUGACACCAUCCACCUGUGUGAGAACCUGUGUCACGAGGGCAGCUGUGGACCCUGCUCCCUGACCUCCACCAUCAGAUGCAGAUGUGGUUCUAAGACCAAGGAGGUUCCAUGUGCAACGAUCCAGAAAGAAGGGGAGUGGGUGCUCACCUGCGAGAGGCUGAAACGCUGUAACAAGAAGCGCUCCUGCGGUCGACACAAAUGUGGCGAGUUGUGCUGUGUGACCAUUGAGCACAGAUGUCAACUGAUCUGUGGCUACAAGCUCAGCUGUGGUCUCCACCGCUGCCAGGAGCCCUGUCACCGUGGAAACUGUGAACCCUGCUGGCAGUCCGGUUUCGACGAGCUGACGUGUCACUGUGGACUCACGGUCUUGUAUCCACCCAUCUCCUGUGGCACCAAACCACCAGAGUGCACCAACCUGUGCACAAGACGGCACGAGUGUGAACACCCAGUGUUCCACAACUGCCACAGUGAGGACAAGUGUCCACCUUGCACGUACCUCACCCAGAAGUGGUGCAUGGGCAAACACGAGCAACGCAGCAACAUCCCCUGUCACCUGCAAGACAUUUCUUGCGGCCUGGUGUGCAACAAGACGCUGCCGUGCCAAAUCCACCGAUGCAGACGGAUCUGCCACCGGGGCGACUGCCUGACGGAGGACAGCUGCCAGCAGCGCUGCACGCUGCCUCGUCCAGACUGCGGCCACCCGUGCGCCGUUCCCUGUCAUAAAGGCAGCAGCUGCCCGCAAACCACCUGCACUGCCAAGGUUCCCGUACAGUGUGACUGUGGUCGACGGAAGGAAACGGUGGUCUGCACAGAAGCUGCCAGGUUAUAUCAGAGGUACGCAGCCAUCGCCACGGCCAGUAAACUCUCUGAUAUGCAGCUGGGAGGCUCCAUGGACAUUAGCCCCCUCCUCACCAAGAAGGAGCUGAAACAAGCCAGGCUUGAGUGUGACCAGGAGUGUGCGGCGCUGGAGAGGAACCGGCGUUUGGCGGAGGCCCUGCAGAUCGACUCCUCCUCUGACCCCUUCAAUGUCCGCUCCUCAUCUGUUUACAGCGACAGCCUCAAAGAGGACGCCAGGAAGGAUCUGAAGUUUGUCACAGAUGUGGAAGAAGAGAUCAAGAGUCUGGUGGAACUGGUUAAUAAGGGAAAACACCCAAAGAGGAGCCACUCCUUCUCCCCCAUGAACAGAGAGCACCGCAAGAUCGUCCACGAUCUGGCCGAGGUCUACGGCGUGGAGAGCGUGAGCUACGACAGCGAGCCCAAGCGCAACGUGGUCAUCACCGCUCAGAAGGGGAAGUCGGCCUGUCCCAACUCCACGCUGACGUCACUGAUAGAAAGGGAAACGGCUUUCAGGGCCCCUCCCCCCAUCGCUCACACCAAACAGCACAGCAGCAAGGUCACCAGUGGAACCUCCUGGUCCAAGAUGGUGAAAGAGGAGCCCGUCGUAGAUUAUUUUGACGUCACGGACUGAAAAAAAAACAACAAAAAAAAA